AAAAGAAACAAAAUAAAGAGAGAGAGAGAAAGAGAUUAAAUACAAGAAAAUCUACAUUUCCUUAAAAUGAUGUUUAAAAGGAUGAACAAGAAAAUCUUUUUUUAAAGUCUCGAAGAUAGAGGUUUUAAGAAAUAGGCAAAGGAGAUAUCUGUCUGAUCCAGUCUCAAAUCUUCUCUCUCCAUUGUUAGAGAAGACGAAGAAGAAGAACAGGGUCUCUCUCUUUCUCUCUCUCACCCAAAGACUCGAGUUUUUUUUUAAUCUCCCUUUGCGAUUUCAUAUUAUAUUCAUAGUAAACAGAUUAUAUUUUUCCUCUUGAGCCAAAACCCUGAGAUUUUUGUGAGAAUCUGUUUGACACUCAUUUCUCUCUCGGAACCCAAAAAAUGGGUGCGCAGAUUAUACUGUGUGAUGGCUUCGAGGUGAUUCCUCCGCCGGGGAUGACCGACCUAAUACUCUACGGCGGCGACGAAUCCGGUGGCUCAAACGGCGAUGAAUCAACGGUCACCACCGAAGAAGACAGCACUGGUUCUUCCGGCGAUAGUUCACCGGGAGGUGCGGCCGAAGACGAAUGGCCUGAAACGAAGGGCUUCUCUUUCUACAUCGUAAAGCAACCGGCUUGUGAUGAUUCAGAGAUCCAAGCCAAGAUCCAUGCAGCUGAUACGGAGAUUUAUCAGUGUAAUAAAAACCGAAUUGACAUCUCCGCUGCUCAAAAAACCGAAAGGGCUGAGGUUUCGUCUUUGUUUGCUCAAAUGGAGAGUUUGGUUCCUAAAUCGGAAGGAUACAAUGUGGUUUUUGAAGAGAAGAAGAUGGAAUUCGAUACUCUGCAGGAAGCUCUACGGAAUCUCCGGUGCUCUACUAGUGAUCAGCUUUGCUUUUCACAAGAGGAACUCGACCAUCUUAUCUACGUAGCACAUUACGUGAUUGAACAUGGAAGUAUUGGUUUCGAGGAAGAAGAUUGGGUGCUUAAGGAGACCGGGAAGAAGACAACUCUAAGUGAGGUUUCUCUUGCGCAGAAAGAUGCUUCCAUACACCGUCUCAAGGCAAAGGCUGUGGAACUGCAUGGAGUAAAGAAUGACCUGGAUGCGAUUACAUGGAACAUGAGCUACUUGAGAGACAAAGUUGGGAAGGUUCAGGGAAAGAUCAGGGCUUUGGGAGUUGAAUUGGCACGCGUGCUUGAGAAGAGAGACAAAUGCUAUGAAAGGAUUAAGAUGCUGAGGAUACAACGAGACAAAAAGAAUUCCACCUUUUUCAAGAGCACUGCUGCUAUAAGGAAAGCUAAAGAGCUGGCUGCUUCUGGAAACAUUAGAGAUCUUGAAGUGUUUGCUAGAUCUGAGGUUGAUGGAUUCAUGAUUCAUUGGAACCAUGACAAGGCUUUUAGGGAUGAUUACGUGAAGAGACUCUCGAAUUCACUCUGUGAAAGACAGCUGAGCCGAGAUGGGCGGAUUAGUGAUCCUGAAGCUCAUGUUGUUCAAGGAAAGCAAGCUCCGGUUCAGACUGGAAAGGAAAGUGCGGCAGUUCACAUGGCGGGUAGAGAUGAUUCUAGCUCAAACUCGUCUCAGAAUGAUGAUGUAAUCACCGGGAAUCGAAAGAAAGAAGCGAGGAGAAAGGAGGUGGAUAUCAACAGGUCGAGCUCUGAGGAGAGUGAUGUUAUAGAUCCGGAGUUCCCCGUGUAUGAGAACUCGAAAAAUGAAGAAGUAGAAGAAGAAGAGGAGUGUGAGAAGAAGGCGAAGAAGAAAGCUGCAGCAAACACUUCUUCUACCGCAGAGCUGUACCAAUCAGGAGAAGUAAUGAAUGAGAUGGAAAAGGUAAGGACUUUAGCAGUUUCUGGGAAGGAGAGACACCAGAAGGAGAGAUCAAUGUUCCCAAAGCAGAGAAGUUUCAGGUACAAACACCGUGGAAGAGGAACCGAGGCUCUCCCUAAAGCCAUCCUAAACCGUAGAAAGGCUCAGAAAUACUGGAUUUGGGGACUCUCGUCUGCUGCACUUGCUGUCGUGCUUGUCCUCGGGGUUUUACUUUUAAGGUGAUUCGAGGAAGGCAAAAGAGACAGUAAAUAAAGGGUUAACUUUACCUAAUUGGAGAGAAGAUAUAGUGAGUGAAGGAGGAUCUUCUUCUGGGCUUUCAAAGUUAUCAUCUAGUUCUUAUUAGCUCCAUAACCUUAGAUUGUUAGAUGAUUAUGUUUUCUGCCUCUUUGGAGAGACUUUGUCUGAAAAAAAUUCUUAUUGUGAGUAGGAACUGUAAGUCCAUGGAGAGACUUCAUGUAUUGUGGAUUAAAAUCCACCUUUAUAGUUACAGUCAAGUCCCUUGACUGAUUAUAAAUCCUGAGAAAAACCAGAUAAUUAUAAUAUCAAAGCUUAUUUAUCCUGUCU